GCUGUUCCCAGCGUUUAGUGUAUCGCUAGAGUUCGGCCCGUUCGGAGGUCUGCCCCAUUCAUAGUCUGCCCCCCACUUGGCGGUUCUACGAUAUACUUUGAGGCUGAAUGAAUAGCUAAUUCCUUUGUCUAGCGAUCAGUCAGCUGGAUAUCUGUUACACGAUAAGGCUUUAAUUGUAAACUGAGCAGCAUGCCACGAGUAGAUGAGGAGCCUAUAAUUGGCAGCGACGAUGACGAGCCACUAGAAACCGGAUUUGGGCCCCCGCCUUCAAAUCAGACCUUUUUCAGCCGACUGAAGCCACGAACUCUGCUGCUGGAGCCCGCCGUGUUUUUAGUUUUCUUCGGAAAGUUUCUAGCAGAUGCUGUAUAUCAAAAUCAGAUACUCUACCAUACCUGCGUCACGAUCAUGAAAUAUAAUGCCACCGAGUGUGAGCCAUUUCUCGGCACAGAUCGUGCUUCCGACCAAGUUAAGAAGAUCGAGGGCCAAGUUCAGGAAUAUGCUUCUACAAUAACCAUGAUCAGUACUAUGAUGGAGAGUGCUGUUCCCGCCAUCGUAAGUCUGUUUCUGGGCCCCUGGUCGGAUAAAUUUGGCCGGAGACCCAUCCUUCUUUCUACUUACACAGGUUACCUCACAAGUGCAAUUAUAAUGAUCGUACUUACACAAAUAGCGAGGGCCACCAGCAUUAGUCCCUGGUGGUUCCUGCUUUCGUCCGUCCCAAUGAUCUUCAGUGGCGGUACUUGUGCCCUGAUCACCAUUCUCUAUUGCCAUGUUUCCGAUGUGGCCACCGAGGAUAAGCGAGCCAUGAGAAUGGUGACCAUGGAGGCUUGUUUGGGCUUGGGCAUGCUAGCAGGCGGAGUGGCUAGUGGGUAUAUCUAUGCCUCCAUUGGAGCCUCCAUCCUGUAUAUCCUCGUAGGUUCUAUUAUAUUCUUGGCUCUAGUCUAUGUCUACUUUGUAAAGGAGAGUCUUAAGUCCGAAAACAUACAAACUGGGUCCCGCAUCAGAGAGUUUUUCCGCCUGGAUCUGGCAAAGGACCUCGUUAGGACUUGUAUCCGAAAGCGUGAGAACUAUGAUCGGGCUAUUAUAGGAAUGGUGAUCAUGUCCCUGGCCUUGUGUGUCUUUGCCAUGGAGGGCGAGGGCACAGUAAACUAUAUGUUUAUGAGAAAGCAAUUCGAUUAUACAGUUCAGGACUAUAGUAUUUUUAAUUCUGCCCGCGUUGUAAUCCAAAUAGUGGGUAGCAUUAUAGCCAUGAUCCUGCUUCGCCGUCUGUUUGGUCUGUCCAAUAUAUCCAUGACGCUCCUGGCCUUUGCCUGCUGCAUCCUGGAGGCCACUGUCCGGGCUACCGCAGUGUAUCGAAGCGAAAUGUACUUGGCUCUGGUCGUGGGAAUGAUGCGGGGAGUCAUGUCGCCCAUGUCGAAAGCCAUCUUAUCAAAUGUGACCCCAAGUUCAGAAUUGGGUAAAGUCUUCUCUCUGACCACUUCAUUGCAAUCCAUAUCACCACUGGGGGCAGCUCCUCUAUAUACGGCCGUAUAUAAGGCCACAGUAGAGGUUUAUCCUGGGGUCUUCAACUUUAUAAGUGUGGGACUCUACUCCAUGUGCUAUAUUAUGUCGGCAGUGGUCUUUGGAAUUCAAAAAUCAAUGGUUGGCACUGGUGUGUACCAGGUUUUAUAAUCUUAAUUUUAAUUUUAAACGAUAAAUAUUCCAUAAUGAACAAUUUAAAUAUGUAAUGUCUCGCUGACGACAGCGAGAAAAUUUGUAAAUCGUUUGUAAGUAUUAUUGUAAAUAUUUGUAAAAUCAAUUAGGCUUAAAUAUGUAAAGAGUAGGUACGUCAAUCCCAAA